ACCAGGUACAUGUUUGACAGCAGCCAAACAUGACCACACCACACCACACCACACCACACAACAUACGACUUUGACCCACCUUUCAGGUUCUCACCAUUCCACCCAACAUCCUUCUUCCGAUCUCCAUCACUUCCUCCGAUCCAUCACUUUCCGAUCAACCCACUUCCGUCUUUCAGAAUCAAGUGACGGAAAGUUUUGUUUGUGUUAACUUCUUCCUAGGGUUUGCUUCAUCAUUAUUCAUUUCUGUUUGUUGCAGAAAUUCUUAACUCAGUUAAGUCCCGUUGACUAUUAUUCACAGUAUUCAAAAGAAUUAAUUAAGUUGCAGUGGGAAUUUGGAUUAGUUUUAUUGAUGCAGUGGGUGUUGAAUACGUUUUGAUGAUGCUAAGGUAUUGAAUAUUGAUAACAGCAAUAUUAUGCCGUCGGUUCGGCGUUUUUCCAGAAUCGAUACUUUCGAGCUGAAGGUUCAGAUCGAAAAGAGGCUCGGUUCACAAAAGGCUGACAAGUACUUCAAUCUAGUCACCAGGUAUUUAAGUCUUAAGCUCGGGAAAUCAGAGUUUGAUAAGCUUUGUAUCGGUUUAAUAGGUCGGGAAAAUGUUCGCCUUCACAAUGAACUGAUCAUAGCUAUUGUGAAAAAUGCUGCUCUUUCGAAAAUACCUCCUCAGAAACGUGUGAAGAGUGAUGGUCCUUUGCCUUUAAAGGUCCCUAACGGGACCCAUCCGGUGACUGAUCUUCAGUCUCUAUGUGCGUUUCCUCGGUCCCCUAGAAAAGUACGAACACCGAAUCUUCGUGAAAGCAAGUUUAAGGACCGAACGGUUCCUUUUUCCCAACAUUUGGUAACGACAAAAGUUCAACAACAACAACAACAACAAAGCGCUACUGAGUUGUUUUCUUUGGGUAGCAAACCGCCACUUGAAGUUAAUUCUGUUGAAGAUGGGGAAGAAGUUGAGCAGGAUGCAAUAAGUCCCGGUGUUUAUAGUAGAAACCCCGUUAGUGCGCCAUUUGGCAUCACCAUCCACUCAAAAGAAAAACGAAAAUUACGCAUUAAUGGUCUAGAUUCUGCAUACCGUACUGAGACUUGCCAUUACAGUGGUCAUUUGCCUGCUGCAAAUUCUUUAAAGAACAGGUUGAACCACAAUUUGCGAGUCGAAGGUUUGGAUGUCUCUAGGGAUUGUGUUAACUUAUUGAAUAACGGGUUGGACUGUUUUUUAAAAAGUGUUCUAAAACCGAGUCUGGAGUUAGCCCGCUCAAGAUCUUCGCAUAGGUCAGGCCCAGGCACACCGUUUUUAGCAUCCAUGAUGGAUUUCCGGAUGGCAACGGAGGUCAAUCCCAAGGUUCUUGGAGAAGCUUCACAUAUACUUCACAAGAAGUGUUAACAUUUGACAGACAGUUCAAGUUGAAGUACUAUGUGGUUGGAUACUAAGAUCAUAGUAAAAAUUUUGGAUGUAGACUGAUUAGGUUGUAUAUACUUGUUUCUGAGACUGGUGAAGUACAUGGUUACAAAAAGAGAGCCGUCUGCAGGUUGAAAGUGUGGUUUCUUAUAUCGUAAUCAACCUCAAGUGAUAUACAUAUGGGAUGCAAUCAGAUUUUCAGGUCUGAAAACCGGACAUGCCAUUAGUGUGCUCAUGGUUGCAGUCUUGCAGAGCAGUGAACCGCUGAAAUCUUCAUUUAGAGGUUCUUAGCGAGCUUUGGAGAGCAUUAGUAUGUUUUUUUAGUUUAACAUCAUACUCGAUUUUGGCACGCAAAAGAUUAUUUACAUGCAAGACUUCUGCACUUUCAUAUGUUUUAGGGUAACAAAUGCUUGUUUUGGAACAUACUGAUUUUUGGUGUUAUUAAUUAUGGUUCAUCAUAUUUUUUGGGGUCAAA